CCUUUUCCUUCCCAAGGUCAGCGUCGGUGAGCUCAGCAGGGUGAGAGGUCGCCAGAACAAGGAGAGUGACGGCGGUAACUUCAUCACCACCAUGCCCCCUUUCGACAGAACCCAGAACCCUAAGCCUUUCAAACAGCGCAAACCUCUCGCUGUCAGGAUACAAGAAGUUGCAGGGAUUCGCAACAAGUUCCCCACUAAAGUUCCGGUGAUCAUUGAGAAGUACCAGAAGGAGAAGUACCUGCCGACUCUGGGGAAGACCAAGUUCCUUGUCCCCCAAGAGCUCACCAUGACUCAGUUCGUCACGAUUUUAAGGAACCGGAUGACUCUGAUGCCAACGCAAGCUUUCUACCUGCUUCUGCACAACCAGGGCAUCCCCAGCAUGUCCCUUACCAUGUCCCAGGUGUACAAGGACUACAGGGACGAGGAUGGCUUUCUUUACAUGACCUACGCCUCUCAGGAAAUGUUUGGGGCAUGUUAGCGCGCGCUCCACCACACAGACUUUUUCAGUGGGCCAAGCUGGUUUUGUGAACGAUUCCGUGGACGGUAGAUUUCUUCCUGGAAAAGAUGUAUUUUAAAAUUUCUGACCUUAUGUAAAUGUUUUGCACAGUAUACAGUCGGUUUUAAUGUCAUGCUAAUAAAUUAAUUUUAUUACCUAACCAAA